AUGGUGAUCGCCAGAGACCCCUUGAUGGAUUGGGACCCAAAGCUGGGCCGUUUCCACAGCAUCUGGGCAACUCAGGCUGCUACGAAAUGGGCCUACAAGUAUGGAGUUUUACCGGAGUAUAUGGACCCAACGCAACUCUUUCAUCCCUAUGGCAAGUCAGCUAAUGAAGCCGCUGAGGUUUGA